AUGGCAGAGCAUCCACCCCCAAACAUCCAAGCACACUCAUCACUUUUUAACCGAGGGUCUGUUUGCGUGCUCCGUCUUCACCGACAGAUUGGCUCGCUAGCAGGGUGCAGAUACCGCAGCCGAAUUGGGAAUUCCAUAAGGACUGCUUGCCAUCUCCCCGACAGAUGGAGAACACAGACUGGAGGCACCUGA